AUGUUAUUUCCUCAGAUGGAGAUUGCGAAACGGCUGAAUGCUAUCCUAGUGCAAGUCAUCCCAUUCCUAUCUCAAGAGCAUCAAUCUCAGGUUGCUGCAGCAGUGGACCGCGCAAAGCAAGUUACUUUGUCGGAACUUAGUAGCAUCAUAGGGACUAUGCAACAGCAGCAAUUACUGAUGAAUUCUGGAUCUGGAGGACUAAAUAGUGGGUUCCCACACAGUCUCAUUCCACCGUCGUUAGGGCAGUUACCAUCCGAUAAUCCCGUUCUACCCAUAAGCGGCUCCAGGGGAGGAGCUCAAUCCACUCCAUCUUUAACUAGCCUAAGUGGGCUCAAUGCACCUCCAUGCACUGGAAUUAACAGUUUGAAUAGUGGACUCCCAGCUCUAAAUAACAAUACUGCUAAUAAUUUGCUUUUACCUCCCAAUCCAUUUCUACCACAAAUGACCAGUUCAGUUACGCCCCCAACUACAAAUACUAAUCCUGUUGGGAAUCCUAGCAUUUCUGGUGUUCAGUCAUCCCUUUCUGGUAUCCCAGGUCCUAAUAAUCCGGCUUUCUUUUCUGGUCUUGCCCAAUCUCACCCGGCAGUUGCAGCAGCAAUGGCUGCAGUAGCUGCUGCAGGAUUCCCUCCUGGUAGUACGAAUGCUACUAUGAAUCAGUUAUCCAGUGGCUUACUUAGCAACAAUAGUCAUCCUUAUUCUCAAAUCCCUGCUCAUAUUAAUAAUAUACCAACUUCAUUUCCUCCUGGAACUAGCAAUAAUCUAGUGGGUGCUUCAUUGCCAUCAUCUAUAUCCUCUAAUGCAUCUUUGGCGACCUCAUCUUAUCAUGGUCCUUCUGCUUCUGGGGCGCAUACACCGUUCUCACCCACCUCUACUUCUCUUUCUAACCCGAAUGCUCCAAGACCAUUAAUGUUCCCAAUGGAUGGAGUGACUGGUCAACCACCGUUUCCCCCAAUGAUAUCUCCAGCUGCACUAUCUGCCAUUAUUAGUGACAAGAAUUUAGAUGAAAAACAAAGAACAGCAGCUGCCGCGGCAAUGGCUGCAGCGAUGGCCGCAGCUGCCGCCGCUUCACAAGGUGCCCCACCAGGAGCUUUUGGUCUACCGUUGAACUUCGGGUCUAAUAGUCUAUCAGGGUCUUCACCAAUGGAUGCGCAUAAUUUAAUGGCUACGAUGGCUAGUUUUGCUGCUGCCCAGUCUGUUGCAGCAGUAGGCAUGAAUCCAGAUUUGCAUGAUGGACUUAAUUCAAGCCUUCCUUUAUCGUCUGGACUUUUCGGUGGUUUACAUCCAGAUAUAUCUGGUUUUGGUUCAAAUAAUCUAUUACCUCCAUCAUCAUCGUCUAUAUCAUCAACAUUUCCUAACCCAGGUUCUGUUUUACCACCAUCAAAAAGUUCAACACCUGUACCCAGUGUUAAUUCUUGUCCAAGUCGCCAACGUACGAAUUCUCGAUCUCCAGGUUUGCUUGAUGUACAUUCAAAUGCACCGCCAGAUGAGAAACGUCGUAAAACUGAAAGACCCACCUCCGGAGACAAAUGUAACGCGGUUGGUAAUAGUUCUUUGGAAGAAAACGGAUUGGUUCGUGUUAAAAGCUCAAAUUCUUCCGGUCGACGUACUCCAUCAACAAAGCAUAAUGGUAAUAAUAGUAGCAGUAAUGGUGGACCGAAUUCUUCUGUUUACAAAAACCAUUCUUCUGGUAACGGUAUAACUCUAUCACAUCCUGAGAGUAAUAAUCACAAUCAUAAUACCACCACGAAUAACAAUACACAACGAGAUCAUUCAGUUGAAUUAGAUCAUAAAGAAUUUGAUGAAAAUCCACCGCCACUUUUGAGUGGUGGUUCUGGUAGUGGUACACCAAGUUGUACUACAUCACCACAAAAUCAACAAUCGCAUACAACUUGCACUGAUCCCCCACCUCCUCCUGCUCCUCCUUCGACUGGGACAUUUCAUAAUAAACAACAUACUACUACAUCCAAUGUUAAAUCAUCGUUAUCACCUGUAGUUGCUAGCACUACAAACGUAUCGAAUUCAUGCAGAAUAGGUUCAAUUUCAUCUUUGGCAGGAGGUGAAUUAUCAGUACCUAGUCCUUUAUCUUCAAUGGGUGCUGGUGGUGGUGUCAAUCUACCUGGUGUCGGUGCUGUUUCUCUUUCUCCGCCCCAUCUUACUUCUGACGCAUUAACACCAAAUCCUGAUGGCCAUUCAGUUUCGUCUACACAACAAAAUCCCCCUUCAGUACCACUAUCAACAACAACAACAUCGUCGUCAUCGACGAUGAUGUUUGAUACAAAUUUUGGCAGUUCUGGAAUGAGUGGGAUUUCGAAUAUUGGCAGACCACCAUAUUCAUUUCUUCGUUUGGAUAACCAAUCACCAACUCCUGUACCAUUCACUCCAGAUGCUUUCUUUGGUCCAGGUAUUCCACAUCAAGCAAAAGCGAUACAUUGUUUGGAUCACGGAGAGGUUGUCUGUGCUGUUACAAUUAACAAUGCUACACAUCAGAUUUAUACUGGAGGUAAAGGCACUGUUAAACUAUGGGAUUUAAAUUCAACUACAUCUAAUCAAUCUCCGAAUUGCGGUGGAAGUUCAGGUCAAUCAAUCAUCACUAAUAAAACGUGUAUAACAAGUCUCGAGUGUUUACAAAGAGAUAAAUACAUACGAUCGAUUAAAUUAACCCAAGAUGGAAGAACAUUAGUGGUAGGUGGUGAAUCUAGUAUAUUAAGUAUAUGGGAUUUGGGUCAAGCUAGUCCUCAUCCAAAAAGUGAACUUACAUUUACAGCUCCAGCAUGUUAUGCUUUGGCUGUAUCGCCUGAUAGUAAAUUAUGCUUCAGCUGCUGUUCAAAUGGAAAUAUUGGUGUUUGGGAUAUACAUAACCGUAUUUUAGUUCGUCAAUAUCAAGGGCAUGCUGAAGGGGCAUCUUGUGUCGAUAUCCGUCCAGAUGGAACACGCUUGUGGAGUGGAGGCUUAGAUAAAACUGUACGUUGUUGGGACUUACGGGAGCAUUGCCAAAUAAGUCAAGUUGAUUUGUCAGCUCAAAUAUUUUCCCUUGGUUAUUGUCCAACGGGAGAUUGGUUAGCUGUUGGAUUGGAAACAGAUCAAGUUGAAGUGUUCGGUCCUGGUCGUCCAGAACGUUAUCAACUAUCGCUGCAUGAAAGUUGUGUUUUGUCUCUUAAAUUUGCUCACAGUGGCUUGUGGUUUGCUUCCACUGGUAAAGACCAUUGUCUAUACGCUUGGAGAACUCCUUAUGGUGCUAACCUCUUUCAGGUCAAAGAAAACUCAUCUGUGUUGAGUUGCGACAUAUCACUAGAUGACAAACUCCUAGUCACUGGGUCUGGUGAUCGUAAAGCUACUGUCUAUGAAAUAAUUUACUAA